AGAAAACGAAGCACAGCAAAAGCAAGUAAAGUACACAGCUGUGAUCCUAUUGUUCAAAUAUUCUAUCUUUGACGAGUUGUCCUUCGAUAUUGUAGUUUGUUGAAAACGAAAGAAGAAACGCACAAGCACGAAAAUGUGGUCCUCCUGGUCCUCUGCAAGUUCGCAGUUUUUCCACCGCUCCGUCGGGCAGACGUCUGCAGCUGCGUGCUCCUCUAUCCGGUGGAAUAAAAACGCUGUGCCGACGAGUACGACCACAUCACCACAUCAGGAUGACUUUUCGUGCCAUGAUAAGGCUGCUGCAACAUGGUGCACAGAGUCCGAGUCACACCGUCCCCGCGCAUGCGCAGCUCAUCAUGUGAGAAAACAACCCAGCUCCUCAGGUUUCCGGAAACAGGACGAGCGGAAGGCGGCCCCUAGUACGAGGAGCGGGGCGGUGCAACUUCUGGCGCCGUCGAGUAGUUGUUCUCAUAAAAAAACAUCAACAGGUACAGGCCGCUCAGGCAGAUUGUUGACAGGAGCUGCCAAAAUAAGUGGCAGAAGGCCCACUCCCAACACGAGCACUUCCUCAGCAAGAACAUUCGGGCCAGGCGUGGCGCGGCCGUUUUUUUGGGCAACAAGGGGCGUUACCUCAAGUACAGGCUCAAGCUGCGCGAAUAAAGCAUCGGCUUCUUCUUGGCACAGAAGUAGAGAAAGAUUCAUCUUCGACAUCAAGAAGCCGGUCGUUUACUGCCUUGAGCAUGACAACUGGGACAAAUCGCGGCUUCCCCCACCCCAGGUCUACCGGGGCGUAGAAUUUUACCCCACUCCGACCCGGUUCCUCCCCAGGCUGGGCCUGCAGCAGGGCAGCGGAAAGAAGCUGUUCAAGCAGUUUCGGGUAAAGCCCGGGACUAUCGCGAGCAGGCGGGCGCUGGUCGAGUCCUUUCUCACGCCGAACGAGCUGUUUUUCGUGCACUACAAGGGGAAGCUUCCGGAAGAGCCCGACAUCUCUUGGCGGUUGGAAGUGGAGACGGCAGUCGGUGUUGCGUCUUCCACAUCUUCGUCCUUCGACGUAACCUAUCCACAGUGAAUUUCCCGUACACGUACAAAUGCGGUCUCUGCAUGACAGAGCUUGGCUUCGCUCCUAGUUUAGCAUAACAAGUUUUACGCUCCAAUAAAUUGGUAGAAUUUGUGAUGCAUCUUGUACAUGUACGGAAAAUUUGUAUUGCAUAUAACUCCUAAAGUGAUUGCCGUUCCUGCCUUCCCAUCCAGCUACCAAACCAUGAGCAGCUUCACACCGCCCAGCGCAAUGCCGACGAGUAGUACACAGUACGAUCUUCACGAAGAUCGUACUUCAAGAGCUGCCGGUGCAUCAUCAUCACAUUCGCAGACAUCAAAUAUGAAACACCAGCAGAAUUUGAGGCUGACGCAACAAAAAACGGUCCUGAGCCUCACGCUAGAUGAUUUGCGAACCAAAUUUCCGCAGCACGACGUGGUGUGUGUGAUUGAUUGUUCCGGAAAUAGUGCGGUAGGUGCUGGGGGAGGCACAGGUGGAGCAGCUGGCGCAACCGCUAGUAGCACAACUCCCAGCACGACAAACUCGCCCGAAAUGAUCGGCUGCGCCCGCUGGACCGGCCCGAAGUUGCGGGAUGUGCUGACCUAUGCAUUGCAAAUAUGUCUGGGUCUGGAAACCUGUGAUGCUAAAUUGCGCAUGAUUGCCACGCUUGACAAGCUUACUCUCGGAACGCUUUCUGAUGCGUAACACGCAUUACAAAUUGCGUUCUAACGUGACAGGGGAAGCUGCCCACUUGCUGCUCAUGCAGCACAGAUUUUCCAGGAAUGCAAGAAGCGCAUUACAAGUCCCAUCUUUUCAGACGCAGACACAUAUGCAGUUGAUAUGACCUACUGCAAAAUUCUCCCGGAAAUGGCAGCGGUGUCUGCAUUAUGCAUUGCAAAUAUGUCUGGUAAUGGAAAAAUUCCAGGUUUGUCAUGCUCUGCUAGCAUGACUGGCAAGUCUGUCAUGCAAUGUACCCAAAAGCGCCCUUUUUGUGUCAUGCGAGAACUUAUUUUCUCAUGCAGAAUAGGCAACACCUAGCGACUCAAAAACCUGUGAUGCUAAGCCGUCAUAUCUGGCGUGCUCUUGAUUCGCCAACCAGCAUCACAAGUUUCCAGACCCAGACAUAUUUGCAUUUCAUAUGCAUCCUCAAGCGCCGGGCGAGCUUCGACUACAGGCUCCGGUGGUGGUCCGAAUCAGCCAGGCGGGCCGCACCGGGUCAGGGUCUUGCACUUUUACUCGGAUGAGAAGCUGCUCCCGGGUGGAGGUGCAGCAAGUACCUCUACGACCAGCGCCAGCUCUGGUCAAGAAGCUUCUAGCCACCAACAGCAAGCCCGGAUCUCCAUUCCCCUAGACCGUGCGUUGUCCCCCGCCGGUUCGAGUGCGGGGACGGCGUUUGACGAUGCCAUUCUGGCACUGGAGAUGAACGGUUUUGAGCUCCCCUUCGAGCAGGGGUUUCCCGUCCGGCUGAUCGUACCUGGUUACACCGAACAGAAUAUCCUGUGUAAAAACGUCGCUACCCCAUAGUCAAGAUGGGAAAUCUGCUAGACAAAUCAACGCGCUUUGGCUGUUGCGCAUGACAAGUUUGGCGUCGUGGUGUAAUACUGUUUAGCUAGUUAAGCAGCGUCACAGAUCUAGUAUAUCAGGCCGAUUGGAGCAUCACGAAUUCCAAAACGCUACUAGCAAGUAAGCACUUCGCAUGGGGCUCCGCAUGAGAAACAUUUUCAGCAUGCGCAGUUGCGUUACAACUAUGCAUGGGGUGGGGACGUUUUACAUAUGAUACAGAAGCAAUUGAAAUGGGUGAGCCGCAUUCUCCUCGAGACAGCGGUGGGGGAAGAGGCUUCGGCGAUGGGCUACACCAUGAUGAAACGCAUCACGAUCCUCGACGAAGCCACCCGGGACGCCGGCGAAAACGCGUUGACUGCGUUGAUCUGCGUGCCGGAAGAGCAGGACACUUGCUACGUCCAGGAAGGCGCCGAAGAGGCAGCCACGGUGGAGGUCAGGGGCAUUGCGUACUCCGGAGGCGUAUGGAUUGCAAAUAUCUCUGGGACUGGAAACUUGUAAUGCUAAAAGUGAAUGAUAGACGCACUGCAAUACGCAGCUACGCAUGAUAAAUUUUUUGGCUGCCGUGAUGUCUUACGUAUUCCGCAUGGCAAACUGCGUUUUUGCAUGGCAGGUAAAGAGGGCUUCCUCGUGCCCAUGCGAACACAGAUUCUCGAGUCAUGCCAGACAAGCAUGACAAACUUGCAUUCUUCCAGACCCAGACAGUUUCGCACUUGAUAAGGCGGCCACGGAAUCCGGAGGGUCCAGAUCUCCUCCGACAACGGCAAGAAAUGGAUCGCGGCGGAGAUCUACGGCACGAAAUACCCUCACGCCUGGGUGCAGUGGAAGCAGAAGCUGGUUUUGCCCAUGGAGGAAAAGAAGAAGUUGGCAAUCAACAAGAAGUAUCCUGUGUAAGAGUAUCGUACACGACGUAUAAAUGCAGGUCUUGCAUGACAGAUCUGCUUUUUUAGCUUGUUCUGCAUGACAAAUUUUAAUUUUUCCUUUAGGAAAAAUUUGUCAUGCGUUUUGUACUUAGUACGAUACUUCUGCAAUGCAUAAGAAGCUAGACGUGGAGAUCUUGGUCCGCGUCACGAACGGCGUCAACAAGACGCAGGAGCUACGCGAUUGCGACCGGGUGACCGUGUGUUUGCAAACUGUGAACGAUUUGGCUUCCGUUGGGGCGGGAUUUGACCGAACCAAAUCGAAGCGGAUGAACAGUCGGAAGCCGAUACGCACCACAAUAAUUCAUUCCCGUAUGAGCGGGGUAACAACUAACUCAACUAACUCGGGAUUCUAAGUGCGAAAAUUUUGCGGGCGGCCGAGACUGGUCGCCGCGCACGAGCUCCCUAACCAGAUAAGGGUAGCUCGUGGCGACCACUAGCUAGCAGGCAAGUCGUGCUGGCAAAGGCCGACGAUCGCACAGUCGGCGACAGCCGGAAUUCCCUACGCGGAUUCGUGCUUUUGUGCAUGCUAUUUGUGCUCUUUGGGUCUUUUUUGAAAAUCGGCGGGGCAACGUUUUCGCUUUCUUUGCAACGCAGGCGGUGCCUGUUUUGUCAUGGCGAAACAUUCCCUGCCGUGAAGCUAACAUUUAUGAAGCACAACAAUUUUCCACGCUUUCCGACUGAAGCGAGUUUUUGAAUGAAAGCACAAAAAUCAUGUACAAAGCCGCACGAUUUGCAUAUGUUGCCAGGACGUUUGCAAAGCAUACCUCUGACCGAAGUUGCCGGCUACGGCUCCGGCGUCGCUAUAGAGAAAAAAUUUCGCACCUAUAAUCCCGAGUUAGUUGAGUUAGUUGUUACCCCGCUCUAUUAUAUUUAUAGAAGAGAUAGUAUGCAAAAUAAACAUGCAUCUACAAAAAAUUUCGACGCUGGCAUGGUCGUGCCACUGGUGAUGCUGAACGGGGUCAAAGGGAAGUCAUUUGCCUUGCGGAGGUGAAACCGCAUUUAUAAUAUGUUGCACUUCAUGCACGGGAAUGAAUUUCCAACGGAUAGCCGAGCAAGGUCGAAAAGGAAAGCUUCAAGAAGGCAGAGACGGUGAUCAAGUCCGAGGUGCAGGUGAAAGCGGCGGAAGAAAGUGGUGUUUUUAGGGACGAAGAAGACUGAGUUGCUAAUGCUGGCCCCAUGUAAGGAGAAAUUGAAGUACCUGAUAAAAACGGCAUCGCAAAUAAUGUGAACGUCUUUUCAGAAUAAUCAACAAUUUUGAGGAAACGUAUAUACGAAAGUUCGACUGGUCGGCUUGGGUGAGGAUAUUAGCCUGACAAUUUCGAAAAAGCAAAAUUAUCAUUUCACAGAGACAGGGCCGCCCUGGGUCCAUCCUCAAUAGAUCAACAUGAUCCUGCUAGCUUUCCUAGAACAAGCAGUCUGGUGCUCACACUGCUCAAACAAGAUGAAGAUAGAUCAACACGAUCAAGGCACGG